AUGACUGAGUCUACCACGUCAGCAUCGGCGUCAGAGUCGGCUACGUACCCUUCAGCAUACGCCCCUCGUGCCGCUCUCCCAUCAGCGUAUAGUAACCGGGGCGGCGCGUUGCACGGCAGAGCGGCUAGUUUUGACUUUAUCGCUACUACUAGUAAUAGCGGGCGGCACACGUCAGCAUCGAAGAAAUCCAACGUGGCUUUCGUGAGCCACCAGAAGCAGCCCUCAGAGCAGUUCGAUACGAUCGCCGCCGCUCGAUUGUGUCUCCAUUCUCCUUCGCUUGUCUCUAAUGGAAGCGCUUCCGCAUCUCCCGCUGCCGCCGCAUCUCCCGCUGCCGCCGCAUCUCCCGCUGUAUCUUCACGCGGCGCAUUCCCGAUUCGCCCCGACUCGCCGCAGAAGGCAGCGACUCGCGCAUUAUCCCCAGCGCGAGAAGCGCCGACAAUGCCGCAGCGGGCCGUCGUGGCGACAAGCGCCGUCACGCCGGCGAUGCCGCGGCAGAGAAGCGCGAAAAGCACCGACAACUCCGCUCCUGGCGCCGUUUCUCACGCAGGCGGCGUCUGCCGGCCACGACCCUCACCGAGUCGGCGGACGGCACUUGGGAUCGCCGACCUAAUGGCUCUUCAGGCCGGCAGGUCUAAAGUCGGCGGCGACGGUCGCGGCUCGGGCGCCGCGGCUCGAACGAUAUCGACCUCCCCAGCGGCGACUGUGGGGGUGGCGCUGCAGCCGGGAUCUGCGCCGCGAACGACGACCGCGCCGCCCGCGAUGAUUGCGCCUACGGCGCGCUUGCCGCCGCAGAGUGGGGCACCGUUCUGUUUCCCCUCAAUCAGCCAAAUCAACGGCGCCGAUUCUUCGCUUUCUGUGUCACCCCCCUCCGCAUUUUCCGGUACGGGCGCGCAGUUUGCGCUGCGCAAAAGCCCCCCGCAUGCUAACCCACGCGGAAGCGCAGCGAUGAGGUUCCCCCGGUCCAUGUCAGACGGGCAAGCCGUGCCACGUGGCAGCAGCAGAGCAAAGCCCGCUUUCCCGAUAGUCGCAAGAGCUGAGACAAACAAUGUGUCUGAACCUUCGGAGCCGGAUCGCGGCAGCGCCGAUUUGCCGAGCCUGCACCAAGCCUGCCCGCCGGGUUCGGCAGUGGUGGAGAGUCGCGGGGCUGCGAGGGUCGGGAGGAAGUCGAGGCUCGGGCAGGGAUGGGAUGGGAGCGGCAGCAACAGCAGCAGCCGGGACUCUAGCCCCUCUGGCAGUAUCGACACGGCGAAAUGUGAUAAUAAUGAGUGUUCCGAAAACAACGUCGAGGAAGCAGCUGCCCAAUCGCGUGGGGGCUUGGGAAUGGCGGGUGCGGGAAUGGCGGGCGCGGGAAUGGUGGGCAGUGGAAGGGGUCGCAACAUCUCCAAACCAUUCCCUGUCAUUGCUAUUCCAACCGAUCAGAACUCCUAUACCUCUCCUUCCUCUCCCACGUUCCGCCUCUCGCCGCUUGUCCCCAGAGGCCCUUCCCCCUUAUCCCCGCGCGUGUCUUCCCCCUGUGGUCCCUCCCCCUUGUUCAACCGCCAUCCUUCCCCCCUCUCCCCCUGCAUGCCCCCGCCAGUCUCCCCCUGGGGCCCUUCCCCUCUCUCCCCGCGCGCUUCCCCCCUCUCCCCUCGUCGCCCUUCCCCACUCUCCCCUAGAGGCCCCUCCCCUCUUUCCCCAAGAGGAUUCUCCCCCCUGUCCCCACGCCGCCCGUCCCCCCUCUCCCCCCGUGUGGUAGCCCCGCGCCCUUCCCCUUUGCAUACUGCCUCGGGCCUGAGUUCACUGAAAGAACAUCACUCGGCUGGAUCUUCCUUUGCCGCAGCCUCUGUAGCGUGUGAUGAACCGAAACCUCGUAUCAACUAG